CUAUGCUAAUAUCAUACCUGGUGAUCCCCUACAUAUCCGACAUGAAGAUCAUCGUUCUUGCCUGUCUCGCUGCCGUUGCUCUCGCCGCCCCUCAGCUUGAGGAGCGAGUGGUCGAGCUCCUUCGCGAUGACCGUGUAGCCAACGAGGACGGCACCUUCUCCUACGCCGUGGAAGCCGACAACGGCAUCAAGACAGCCGUUUCUGGAAGCAUCGGAACCGAAGGCCAGAUCAACCAGGAGGGAUCUUACACCUUUAUCCUCGAGGACGGUACCCAAGCCAUUGUCUCUUUCGUGGCCAACGAGAACGGCUUCCAGCCCCAGUCCAGCCUCCUGCCCACUCCCCACCCUCUUCCCGAACACGUCUAUGAGCUGCUGGAAAUCGCUGAGCGCCAGCGCGCUGAGGGCAUCGUCUUCGAAUAAGGAACGAUAUCAUAUGACUAAUGGACGAUGUUAGGUGAAAUGGAAACUGUUGAAAUAAAGUUUAGCAUGAUGCC